GUUCGGGAAUGUGCCAGUGUGACGUGACCAGGACUUGACGAGACGUCGUGACUGCACACACUGAGCUGAGUUUCUCAGUCUCUACGUACACAGCGCAUACACGAUACGAUACAUGGCACAUUUACAGUGUUCAAAAGCGUGCAACGACAUCACGUUCUUUGUGCAUCUAUUCUCCGAAAACACGCUAGCCAUUUUUCUCCCUUGUUCCUCUCCACCUUUUUGCCCUCCUCCGUACUCGUAUAAACAGCAUCGAUGAUAGGGCCCUUUCCCAGUCGGCGCAAUUCUUCUUCGGAUAUGGCUUCGAAAAGUGGGAAUGCCUCAAGGGCGAAGAGCGUAGGCAUACUCUGCCAACAGCGUUGGCGAGAUGAUCCGCGCCUUGUGUUUUCGUUGUUUGAAAUGAGGAUCGGGGAAGAGAAAAAACAAGGCAGAGAGGGAAUGCUUGUCGAAGAAAUUAGGGAGAAACUUCAUAGCAUUGGCGCGGACAAUCGAGACAUUUUGAUAUUUGCUUUCUUCGGUGACACGGAGUGCAGCGAUGCGAUCUUGAACAUACUGAGAUACCUGGACCCGGAUUUCCAUGCC